AGAACUUUUUUUGGUUUGGCAGCAAAUGAGGCCAAGGACUCUCAUUCAAGUAUGGUGUUGGAAGUUGUAUUGGAAGAGCCACCCAAAUGGAAGGUGUUGCGAGUGAGUGAGAGGUGUUGGAAGAAGUUGAGGAAGAAAGGCAAAAGCAAGUUCUGAAUGAAGAUACUUGGGAUGAUGAGAGUAAUACAGUUUUAGUUGCUUGCAAAGAUGAACUCUCCUGCAUGCAGCUUCAGGAUUGCAUCUCUAAAGGUUAUGCGUGAAGAGUGGGAAAGAUACUUAUUGGGCAAGGCAGAUUUGCAUGGGCUAAAGACACGGAACAAAAAGAAAUCCCAAGAACCUAAAGGUUUUGGUGUAUUGAAUGGGGUUAUCCCAGCUAGGCCUGGAGAGAAUGCAGAAGCUAGCAGCAUAAGCAAUCUUGAGCAAUCUGCUCUUUUAGCAGCAGCAGCUGAAGUUAAAAACGUGGGUGAGGAGGAAGCUGUAACGAGGGAGCCUCAAUUGCAUGGAGGGAGAGGAAAUCGUGGAAGAGGAAGAGGAAGAGGAAGAGGAAGUGGUGGAAAAACCUCUGGUUCAAAAGCUCGACUUCCUAAAAGUAAAGAUAAAGGAAAACAAGAAAAAGGAAAUAGCACUUUAAUGAGUGAAUCAGGCAAUGAGGAUCGUGCGGCAGGUGAGGGACCAGUGGCGAUGGCUAGUUCUUUCACAAAGAUGGGAGGGGGUGCAUCCGUGGAAAAUGGAAAUAUUGGUACUAAACCACUUCCGGUGGUACAAUUUUUUGCGAUGGACAGUGACCAGAAAAUACUUGAUGUAUUCAAGCCAUCAGUAAUUAUUGUUUACCACCCAGAUAUGACAUUUGUCAGAGAGAUAGAAGUUUAUAAAGCAGAGAAUCCCACUAGAAACUUGAAAGUGUAUUUUUUAUUUUACGAAGAGUCUACUGAAGUGCAGAAGUUUGAGGCAAGUAUACGAAGAGAAAAUGGAGCAUUUGAAUCUCUUAUCAGGCAGAAAUCCUUGAUGAUGAUACCCGUUGACCAGGAUGGAAGGGUUGUACCAAACACUCCUGGUGAGCCGCAAAGUUUGAUAUCUCAGAAUGCAUUGACCAGGAAGGCUGGUGGUAGGAAGGCAAUUGAGAAAGAAACGCAGGUCAUAGUGGACGUGAGAGAAUUUAUGAGCAGCCUUCCCAAUGUUCUCCACCAGAAAGGAAUGAAAAUUAUUCCUGUCACUCUUGAGGUUGGAGAUUACAUUCUUUCGCCACUCAUCUGCGUUGAGAGAAAGAGCAUUGCAGAUCUCUAUUCCAGCUUUGCAUCUGGUCGCCUCUACAAUCAAGUCGAAACCAUGGUUCGUUAUUACAGAAUACCUGUCGUGCUCAUUGAGUUUUCACAGGACAAGAGCUUCUCUUUCCAGUCUGCAAGUGAGAUUGGUGAUGAUGUCUCCCCAAAUAGCAUAAUAUCAAAGCUAUGUCUGCUUGUUCUACAUUUUCCUCGCCUUCGCCUUGUCUGGUCCCGAAGCUUACAUGCAACUGCUGAGAUAUUUGCAUCCCUCAAGGCUAAUCAAGAUGAACCUGAUGAGAGUACAGCUAUGAGGGUUGGUGUCCCCUCCGAGGAGGGCAUUGUGGAAAAUGACGUAAGAGCUGAGAAUUACAACACAUCAGCUGUGGAGUUUCUAAGGCGUCUACCUGGUGUUACGGAUUCUAACUAUAGAUCCAUCAUGGAUGGCUGCAACAGCUUAGCUGAGUUGGCUGUGCUCCCCCUAGAAAAGCUAGCUGAACUCAUGGGAGGACAAAGGGCAGCUCGGAUGCUUAGGGAUUUUCUCGAUGCCAAGUGCCCAAACUUCUAAAAAUUGUAAUCUACGGUAUUUGUUGAAUAUUUUCUUUUUCAAUUGUCUCCAACUAUCAAAAGCAAGGUAAUAUUUUCAUUUUUAUUCAAUUUGUGGAUCAACUUGAUCCAAAGGUAGUAGGUGUAUUUGCAGAAGAUAUGAUCAUUUAUUUCAUGUAUUUGUGAUGUUAUUCUGAGAAACAUAAGGACCUUUUUGGCCCUUGUUUAUUAACUGGCGAAAUGCAACUUCUAUUAUUGGAGGGGACUUGAUGCUACCGAGUGUUA